UCCUCAAAAAUGAACCAUGAAAGCGUUUUUAAAGAGUUCUCAUGAUUUACAUCCUUGUUUGUGUGUCAAUUUAAAAAGGAAACAUUUGUAAAUUAUGUAUAUACAUAUUAGCUAAGAGAUGUCUCACUCUGAAUAUUGAUAUGCCUUAGGAUGCUGUCUUUGAAGAUUGUGGCUGUUGGCGAUCGGAAUGUUGGUAAAAGGUGCUUGCUUAGAUCAUAUGUUGAAGGACAGUUUCCUAACGAUGACAUUAAAAAUGUGUCGAAUGGCUAUAGGAAGGACAUUCAGUUCCUGGGUAAAUCUAUCCGACUUGUGUUAUGGGACACCAAUGUUGAAGAAGACAACGCCAGAUUGCGUCAUUUGGCAUAUCCUCUAACGGAUUUGUUCCUCUUGUGUUUCUCACUUGUUGAUCUCAAUAGUAUGGAAAACAUAGAGAAGAUUUGGUAUCGUGAAAUUACUCGACAUUGUCCUCAUACACCUUUUAUCCUGGUCGGUACUAAAAGUGAUCUGCUCGAUAGUAAAAUGUCAAACAGCCAUGGAUGUUCUGGGUGUGUUCGAACUAAAGCAGAAGAAUUGUGUAAACGAAUACACGCUUUUAAAUAUGUGGAAUGUUCUUCAUUAAUUAAAGAUGGUCUUGACAAUGUGUUUAACGUUGGUUUGCAUUCUAUAUGCUCUGCUCAGACACAUAAUGGCGACAAAGACGAGGAAGAACAAAAAGCAGUGAAGAGCUGUGUUUUAAUGUAAUUGUAGUAUCUUUGCACGCAUUUUACUUGUACAACUUACAGGUAACAUACAAAAAUUGUUUGAAAAAAACUCGAAUUAGGAAUAUAUGACCCAUAUAUGAAGUUAUGUUUUACACUUGAGUCGAUACCGCCCUUUUUCUUCAUCUUCAAUGUUAUGAUAAUGUUCUGCAAACUAAACUAUUCCCAGCAUACAUAUGUAUGUUUAAAACUAAGGUGCUUACCACAAUAUACAUGCACAAUCUCACGCAUCUAUGUUAUUAUUCAAACAAACAACAAAAGAGUAUAAACAUGUGAGUAGUGAAUAGAAAACUAUAUAUUUGUGAAAGAGUAUUGAACAAAAGGUUUAAACUUGUUUGUAUUUAUAGUAAUGCUUGUAUGACUGCAUGUUUAUGUUUUUAAAAGAUAUGAAAAAAAUCAUUACGCAUGCAACCUACUUUUAAAAUUAUAUUUAUUUACUAUUAUGUGUUUAUAUAAUAUUUAGACCUUUGUGAUUUGAUUGUAUUGUAUUGUAUUUCUUUUUUCUUUUUUUUUAGAAUUUAUUGUAUGACAUAUUUGAAAAUCUUGAAUAAAAACAAUUAAAGUACUAUAAGCAAACGUUCACAUGGGAACUAUAUAGUCCCUCAAUAGUUCACAAGAACAGCUAUUAAAAACAUUUAUUUGAGGAUAGAUUUUUAUUAUAUCCAAAAAUUGUCAACAAAGGAGAACAUUAAUAAGUACAAAAAGUUAAUUUUGUAAUAGACAAAAAGAAGAAUGUUAAAAGUUUGUAAUUCUGAUUUCAUUCCAAUAUCGGCUAAGUAUUAAAUCGUUGAAAUUGAAUAUUACGUUUCCUUUGCCUAUAAGUAUUCCAUAUAUUCGUCGAUUACGAUCGAGUGAGCGAAGAAUACAGAGAGAAUCCGAAGUUAUGAUAUCCACAGAAUUUAUGGUGGUAUAUUAAUAAACUAAUCAUAGAUACCAGGCUUAAAAUCUUGUACUCCAGACGCGCUUUUCGUCUACAGAAGACUUAUCAGUGACGCUCGAAUAAAAAAAAUAUAAAAAUGCCAAAUGAAGAACGAAGUUGAAUAGCAUUGACGACCCAAAAUUCCGAGAGGUUUUGCCAAAUACAGCUAAUCCUAUAAAGGUAAAUACAGCUAUAGGGGUAGUCUAUUCCUGGAGUAGAAAAAUCCUUAGUAUUUCAAACAAAUUCAAAGUUGUGUGAACAGUUAAUAGUAAUUUAUAAUUAUGACCAUAGCAAUGAUAAUUCAAGUCAACACACACAGAAGUGUUGACUACUGGGCUCGUGAUACCCUCGAGGAGAAAACCUUCACCAACAGUGGCAUCGACCCAGUGGUUGUAAAUAAACUCAUCAGAGAUACCAGGCGUUUCGUCUACAAAAGACUUAUCAGUGACGCUCGAAUAAGAAAAGUUUAAAAAAGCCAAAUAAAGUACAAAGUUGAAGACAUUGAAGACCCAAAUUCCGAGAGAAGUUAAAGCCAUGUUUAUAAUUGAGAAUGGAAGGAACUUAAACCUGCCUAUUUAACAAAGAAUUGUAAACUUGAUGUGGAAUGUGAUUUUAACUUUAUGUCAUGUACUGCAUUAAAUAUAUGUCGUUUAGAAUUAUUCAAUUAUAAUAUAUAUGUUAUUCCAUCCUUUUCGCAGCUAAAAAUUCAUGCUAAGUAUAAAUGAUUUUGAAAAUUUGUAAAAAUUAGAAUCAGUUGAGCGUACAAGAUGCAUAAACUAUAUAAAUCCUUAAAACAAGUAUGAUAACUAUAUGUUAAAAUGUAUAUGUAGACUCAUGUGAAUUAACUAUAUGUUACAGUGUGUAUGUAGACUCAUGUGAAUUAACUAUAUGUUACAAUGUAUAUGUAGGCUCAUGUGAAUUAACUAUAUGUUACAAUGUAAAUGUAGGCUCAUGUGAAUUAACUAUAUGUUACAAUGUAUAUGUAGGCUCAUGUGAAUUAACUAUAUGUUACAAUGUAUAUGUAGACUCAUGUGAAUUAACUAUAUGUUACAAUGUAUAUGUAGGCUCAUGUGAAUUAACUAUAUGUUACAAUGUAUAUGUAGGCUCAUGUGAAUUAACUAUAUGUUACAGUGAAUAUGUAGGCUCAUGUGAAUUAACUAUAUGUUACAAUGUAUAUGUAGGCUCAUGUGAAUAUAUAAUCUUUUUAAUAGUCCAUGGGAGAUAACCACAAGUGAAGACUUCGGCUGUGAUAGCAUUGAUUAUGCAUUUUACCUCUUAAUGUGUAUUUGUGGUUUUUCUUUAUAAAUCGCCACAUUGUUGUUGUUUUUGUUAGUGUGUUGCUUAUAUGUUUGUUCUUGAUGUUAGUCCAAUGUUUGGACUUUAAUAUCAAUAAAAAUAUUUGAUUUUGA